AUGUAUGCACACGUGCCUGUCAAUGUCGGCCCUCCGGUACCAUCCAUGCGCCUCUACAUCCUCGACGAUUGCAUGCAGCUUUCGCCUCCGGGUGUUCUUGGCAACAUCUUCAUUGCCGGUGUGCAAGUCAGCCGGGGCUACAUCAAUCGCGACCUGGUCGAGCAAAAUGCACGCGAGUUCUUGCCUGACUCGUUUUGCCCUUCUCCUAGCGACCAGGAACGAAUGUACCGCACCGGUGAUCUGGGCUUCUGGGAUUCCGCAGGCAACGUCCAUGUGUGUGGCAGGAAAGACAGGCAGAUCAAGAUGCGUGGGUUCCGUGUGAACCUUGACGAUGUUGGCGCUAUUGCUGUCCGUGAGAUGGCAGACGUACGCAAGGCCAUAGCGACAGAGCACAAAGGAAAGCUCGUCUUAUGGGUAGAACCCGAGACUCUGAAUACCCAGGAAUUGGCCCACCGACUACGUUCAGUGCUUCCCCAUCAUGCGCAGCCCAAACAGAUUGUCGCCAGGGCUCAGCUGCCGCUGUCGAAAAACGGGAAGCUUGAUGCCAAAGCCUUGGCGCAGCAAGAUAUUGUCUUCGAACAGCCGUGCACUGCAAUGGGCCCAGACCAAGGCCUAUCCAGCUUCGAAUCUUUGAUCGCGCGCGAGUGGCGAAGCCUGCUAGGCCUGGACAGUACGAUCAAGUUGAUGCCCAGGGACAACUUCAUCGCAUUGGGUGGCCAUUCAGUAUUGCAGUUGGAUCUAGCUGCGCGCCUACGCAUUGCGUGCAACAUGCCUAUUGCUAUCAGAGACAUCAUUCGCGCCCCGGUACUUGCUGAUAUGGCGGCUGUUGUUCAAAAGCGGAUGCAUCACUGGAGGACCCAGUCGAAGAAAGAAGUCGUCGUCGAACGACUGGGAACCAGUGCGUUGUCGCCAGCUGAACUGGAAUGGUGGUAUCGGUACCGCGAGUCCGAAAGCCAGAGUGCCUUCAAUGUCCCCUGGGUAGCAAAGCUGCAACCUGAAGUCGACCUGGUUCGCCUCCAACAUUCUCUCAACUCAGUCAUGGCUCAACACCGCAUUUUACGAUCUCGUUUUAUUCCAACUGCAGACGGCGGUGCCAAACGCAUCCUCUUAGAUGAACCUAUUGAGGUUCAGUUGGUCGAAACGAUUAAUACGUUCGAGUUCGUCAAUCGUCCCUUUGAUCUCACCAACGAUACCUUGGUCCGAGUAGCACUGUCCGCUUCGACACUUGCCAUUAGCGUUUCCCACAUCAUAUGCGACUUGACUGCUCUGAACGGCUUUCUAUCCGAUGUGUCCACACUUUACAAUGGUGGAAAAUCACCAGCUGUCCGGUUCGAGUAUUUCGACUCAAAGACGUGGGGCCAGCCGCUCGAUCGUGAGACAGCUUUCUUCUGGUCAACGUACCUUCGAGGCCUUGAAAUCCGACGCGGCCCUGAAGAUUACACCUGGCACAAGUCUUACAGGGGUACAUCUCUACUGGUACCUGUCCCCCUGAGGCUCGCCCGAGGCAUCAUAACUUUGACGGAAACCAGUGGCCUCACGCUUCACCAAUUCGGUCUUGCUGCCACGGGCGCAGUUCUGCAUUCCCUCUGCGAACAGACCGACAUGAUACUGGGCAGCCCAUACAUCAAUCGCAGUUCCGUGGAAGACCAGCGUGUAUUCGGCCUCUACUUACAAGCCCUGCCGGUCCGCGUCAAAGCAGAGAACGCGAUGACAUCCCUGGAUGUACUACGCACGGUGCAAUGCGCAUCCCAAGCCUCGCUUUCCCACCCCAUACUAUGGCCCCAGCUGCUCGAACACCUCGGUCUGCCCUUCCCUUCACGCCGUCAGCAGCUUUUCGACUGCGUUGUUACCUUCCACGAUAAUCGCACGACGGACAGGUCUAUUUUUCCUGUCGCGGGAGCACAGCCACAACAUGUUUGGACCGAGGGUUCCAAAUUUGGACUACUUUUCGAAUGGCAUAUCGUAGCAGACCGGCUUUCGAUAAGGUUGGAGUACGACAGCGAUCAGAUUCCGGAAGCUAUUGUCGGGAUCGUGGAGAAUAUGUUGCUACUAGCAGUCGAGAGCUUACUGGAUCCAAUGUGUCGAUACGAUGCACUGAUACAACAACUGGACUCAUUGAUAGAACGCCGGUGCGGAGACCUGGAGAUUGACCCGGACGAGACACGGCGUGUAGCGAAAAAGCACCUUUCAGGGGUUAAGGUGGGGCAGUGA